AUGGCUACAGGAAGAAGUUCAAUUAAAGUUCCAUGUGAAAAUGAAGACUUACCUGACAAAGAAAAUGAACCAGAUUUUGACGAGGACACUUUACGAGGUGAGCAAGGUUCAACUUCGGCUUCAGUCAUUGUUAGAACAAUUUCUAUUCAAUCAGGAUCAGUUUCAAGAAUGCAAGCAGAUGUGGAAAAGGAUAUAUACAGUGUAUGACCACUUUAAAGGAUAUUUGGCCAAUCAUGACUCUCUUCUAUGAUUACAAUAUGCUGUUCAUUGAGAAUACCAUCAUCAUCAUCACCAUCAUCUUUCUAUUUUAAUGAAACAUAAUCACUUUGAAACCUUCAACAUUCCCUCCCUUCUCCUCGAGCAACCCACAGGUAUUUGAUCUUCAUCCAAGCCAAAGAGGGUGGGGGGGGGGGGGGGGGGGGGGAGGGGGGGGGGGAGGGGUUUAACCCUGCCUGACUGGCGUUAGCGAAUUUGAAUAAAAACUGUCACAUCUAAUUUCCAGUAGAGUACAAGGGUUAAUUAUCAUUGAAUAUGGAGGUGUUUAAGGUAGAUAGUGUACUUUCACUAACAAAUGGCUCAGAAGAAAUAAAGCUUCAAGGUCUAGGUUUUAAAGCUUGGUCAAUUAGUUUUUAAAGCUUGAUCAACUAGUUGAAAGUCAAAUUGCUAAUUAUUUCGCCUUUUACAUAAAAUUGUGUGGGGCAUUUGAACAUUUUAUUAAUUUUGCCCAGGGAAUGGGAAUUUUAGGAAACCUAUCUCCAAAAAUUUAAAUGCCCAGGGGUUUGCCUCAAGUUGAGUGAUGCUUAAUUCUCAUUGUUAUUCUUACCCAUGAUGUCACAUACAUCAUUGGCAUCAUCAUAACUAUUGAAAAUCUGCAGAUUUUAAGUCUCCAGAUCUUGGCAGCUCUGAUUAUACACUAAUAAUUAUUAAUUAAUACCACAGACUUUGACACCUAUUUUAAAAUUUUUUUUCGAAUUAUUUUAUUUUUUCUUUGCAGCCACAGCUGAUGUUUAUAGAAAUGAGGGUAAUGAGGCCUUCAAGAAAGGAGAUUUCAUCAACGCUAUUCAUUUUUACACCAAAGGAAUUAAAAUAAACUGCAACGAGAAAGAACUGAAGGCCAAACUGCACAACAACAGGGCUAUUGCACAUUCUAAAAUUGGUAAGAUGAUGAGAGCUUUAAUAGGCAUUUUUUUCUAUUUUGAAGCUAUUGAGUUGUCAGUAGUAGUUUUCUGAAAAAGGGGAUAAUUUUUAAUGCAUGCCCGGAAAAAUUUACAUCUUAUCUUGGCCUCUCAAAUAUACAAAGAAGUAACCUCUUACCCCAGAUAUCAACGAGCAUCACAAGUUUUUCUCAAAAUUAUAGUAAUGGUAGUUGGUUUGCAACAUGUAUGGCUAAUCAGAGAUAUUUAUUUCAAUAACAGGAAAUCACCAGGAUUCACUAAGGGAUGCAGAAGCAGCCAUUGAGUUAAAUCCAACUUUCCUCAAGGCAAUUGUGAGAGGUUAGAUAUGUUAGCUGUACAAUAAUAAUAAUAAUAAUAAAAAAGAACUGAACACUCUAAGGUUAAAUGAGGUUAAAUAGAGUUCAAUCUUGUCUCAAUUGACUUUAAUUAAGAGGUCGAGACCACCCAGAUGUACAUUUGAAUCCAGCUCUUGACUGCUACGCCAUUACUUUGCAUUAAUCAUGAUGAGAAUAUUACUUUGAACGGGAUUAAGAACUCAAUGCGGAAUGCAAAGCAAAAUUUCAGCAUGAAUAUUUUAGUUCCUUAAGUUCAAUGAGUCAUGAUCACAGGUGUCAGAUAUGUUAAGAGCGUGUCCACGAGAGCACCGGGCAGUCGUGCUACAUGCCAUCUCACCGAUUUCAAUGAAACUUUGGCAGUUUAAAGGGUCUACCCCAAAACUCAAAACGACAAACUGGUUUCUGUUUUGGUUUUUUUUCCGGGGGGAGAUAGACCACCCCCUCGGUUUUUCUUGGUUUUCACCAAGGAAAUCGCUUCAAAUAGGUAAAAUGCAUGAAGCUCUCACUGCAAUGGUAUUUAACUGAUUACUCUGAGGAUUUGCACAUAUAUUUUUACAUCCUUAGUUAAUGUCUGCUGCGAGUGUCAGUCCGUUUGAUCGACGGCUUGUCAAUCAACAGAGGCAAAUAUACGCCAGUGUUUUUAGACUUUUCGAUUCAUCUAAAUAUUUUAAAACUUUGAGGUCAAAUAUCUCCCGUUGCCAGAAAGCUACAACAUUAAUCCUAAUUCCCCUUUAUAACCCAUCAUUUCAUCUCUGAAAAUCAUCAAAAAAAUCUUUGGGCACUACCGUAUUUUUGUCUUGGAUGCCUUUUAAAAUCUGCGACUGUGACAAGUUUCUUUCAACUACACCUGUCACGCAAUUCUUGCUCUAGGCGGUCACUUGACAAAAUAAACCUACAUUUUUUAGCUCUCUAUACAAGACGAUUGAUCAAGAAAGGUGAAAAAUGUGAAAAACUUUCGAGAUUUUUUGUAGGAAUGAAAAAUUUCGCGUUUAGAGAGAUGCAUGUAAACGAAAAAUCAAUGGGAAAAUCGUAGCGUUUCUUUUUUCAGUCGUUUAUCACUUUGAAGAUUUUCUUAAAUCAGCAGAUAUGGCUUUUGUACGGCACAAAACAUUCAUUAGUCUAUAAUAUGAUUGUUAAUCAUCAUCAUUGCUCAUUUUAUUUCAUGCUGCGUGUUGGUUGAUAUUACUAAUUGUUCCAGUGUGCUACAACUUCGGCUUUUACAGACGAGAAAUUCUGCGCUCUCGCUCGAGAGCAAAUAUCAAUAGUUCUAUCGGACUAAAAACUGUGCCUCUAUCCCGAAAAUAAAAUUAAAAUAGUGUUGUCGUUGUCACUUACCGCCAUCGAACAUUUCCAUGCAGAACUCCGCUAAGCUAACAUCUGUUGUGUGACCCGAAGACUCUUAGUAGGAAUUAUUCAAGCGCGUUGUUCAUGCUGUCUGCUAGAUAACAAUUUCAGAAUAAUCUGCAGAUCUCUAUGAUUAUCUGCCUGCUUCGAUCUUAAAAUAUCUGCAUAUUUUUUUCAAGGAUUCUAUUACUACACAUAAAUCUACAUCUCUCUAGAUCGAGUGUUGCCGGCGUUUAAUUGCGUAACUUUCCAAAGAGCCCAUCCCAAGUCCUCCUGGCUAGUUAGGGAUUGUUCGUCAGAAUUUUUACCAGAGGUCCGACCUCGAACGUUGCCGUCCUCUAUAGAAUGGCAAGCCGGUCUUAGUCCAUUUCCUCUUGAUCUUAUCCUAAACGGGAUUUUUUUGUCGGCUUCACUGUGUUUGUCUUUGUCAGGGUACAUUUGGAUGGCAGCCAAUGACUGAAACGUCUUGAUACAUCCUUCUUUUAGCAAGAAUAUCUCGCUUUCUUGUUCCGUCUAUGACGGAUUGGGUAUAGUUCUCGCGAUGACCCGCGUUCAGAAAUCUGUGCACGUUGCUGAUAAGCACCCACUUCUACGACUAGUUUGCUGAAAGUUUCUAAUGUGAUGAGCCUAGUGAGACCCUGAGGUGCUUCAAACUGUGCCAGUUGGUCUGCGCUAUAAACUUGUCGCAGUUCUUAAGUCAGAGGGAGGAUCGCCCACCUCUAUCUAUGUGAGCGCCUCUACAAUACCUGCGUAUCCCUAGCAAUAAUAUGAUAUAAAGUUCAUCUCAGUCACAAAUCACCAGUUAGGAAAACUGAUGUUCAGAUAAGCGCUCUUCUUGCCCUUCUCCUUUUUCAUUGUCGACUCUAAGAUAGCAGCUACAGUACGCGUUCUAUUUGGGUUUACAGUCAUCUUGCCGCCACCAGAAAGACUCGCCACCAGCUUUGAUUUCUUCUGCCAUCUGCAGAUUCAUCUCUCUCUCACUUUAUGUCUCCGAUUUUUAUGAGGAGGAUACUGGCAUUUACAAACCCGAAGGUCUGAAUCUCACACCAAGUUGUGCACGAUAUUUGAGGUACAUCGUGAAAUCACGGCCUUCGUAAUCUCCAAAUAAGCCAAUACGCGCUAGAAUAAGCUCCAUCUCGGACGAAACGCAUGUUUGGGAUACAUUGACGUCUCUCAAAUGUUUUUUUUUAAGCUGUAUACCCACGAAUUUAGAGGUGUGAGCUGUUGCCGUCCCUGGCCAGUGCGAGAAAAGUAACAUUUGGUUCUACAGUUAGUUGCAAAUGAACAAGACAACUGCACCAUCUUGACUUUAUCAAUUCGAGUGUUAGAUUGAAUUGAGGGCUUUUUAGACACUCGAUUUCUUAUAUGGCAUCACUAUGAAGACGUAAUACAACUGAUACACCUACACUACAUAGGAUUAACAAUGUCUGUUGCGCUGUUGCGAGAAGGGAAAAAAUAUUACCGGAAGUGUACGCUUUUUUUUAAAAAGAGUUUCAGAGACGUUUCAGAGAUGUCUAUCUUUGAUCGGCUCUCACAAAAAAAUGACCCCCACUUAAAUUUACUGGGAAAAAUGAACUUGCCAACUCCUUGUUGAAAAAAUUGGAAUUCAUUUAACCGAUACGCCGGUUGUUUCAAUUUUUCUUUUUCCUCGGGCUGCUAUGAAACAGUUCAUAAAUUGACUAAUGAGUAAAGUGUUUUGAAAUACCGUUCGGGAUUUGCCUUUUUUUUCUGCGUGCAAAUCAAGGGUACACAAAGUUUUUAAACAUUUGACUAGAUUUUCAUGGAGUUCACCUGGAUAAUUUUCGUCGGCCAGAGUCAAGACGCGCCAAGCUAAGCGACAUCGCCCUCCAGUAAAAAAUUUUUCCAAAGAAUAAACGUGGCGAGCGUGAGGAAACGCACGUUUUUUCAUCAUUGUGAUCAAAGCCCGAUGAUGUACCUAAGUUGGUACUUACGGUAUCAAACCAUUGAUUAUGACAGGGUGAGCUUAGUUUUUCUGUCGAGGCGUCGUGACUUCACAUUAAAAGCAUUUUUGACGGAACAAACUAGUGAGCAUCACUGCACGAACUGAGAAAGUAAAAACUUGUAUUUAUCUCCCAUGCGUUUCGUCUGGCAAUAGUAGACUUCAUCAAGGAUUUUUUCAAGUAGGGUAAAUAAGCUUGCUCAUAUACAAAUAGUAAAUAAGUUGUCUCUUUACUAUUGAAGUCAGUCGAUAGAAUACGCCAGGUGCGCCUACGGUGUUAUACACGCGUGACAUUUUCCGGACGUUACAUGUACGAGUACGUGAUCCGUUUAAGGGUCACAGAUUUAGUGUAAAUAUUUCACUCCUCAACAUCACCCAAUGUCUCUAGUUUACAGAGGUCUUAGAACGUUUCAUUAUAUGGAGUUGCCUUCUGCGGGUAGAAGGCUACAAGCGAAUUUCUCAGGCGUAAUUGCCUUUGAUUUCUCAAUUGAUGUUGUCGCAAACACAGUGUUUGGGAGUCACGAGACAAAAAAACUUAUCAGAACCUAGUUUCAUGUUCUAAUGGAAAUAAAUAGCAAAUAAAAACACAUUUUCUUGAAAAAUAAAGUCACAAAUGAGGGGGGUUCUCUGAAACAAAUAGUGAUAGAAGAGGAUUUCAGUUCUGGUCAAUAUUGACUUUUCAUGGCCUAAUUCCAAAUCUGAGGGAACGUGCUGAGGGAAUAAAAAAACAUUAAUGUGUGAUAAUGCAAGCAAGAGAAUGAAAAUACAAAUAAAGAAAAAGGAGAAAACAUAGGAACCCGUGUUGCAGCGUGCAGAUAUCUUUUGAACCAGACCUACACACAUAAGCCCGACACCAGCCAGAGAAACUCGAAAGAGUCCUGUAUAUGAACUAGCUCGCACAUGCACGCAGGAAAGGCCAUGAAAAUCAGCGAAAAUAAUAGCAAAUGCAGAUGACAUUUGCAGGCAAAAAACAGGAAAAUAAGAUAACAGAAGGAUUAGGAACUUUCUAGAAGUGCCUUCUUGAAAAAAAAGAUGAACAAUCUUUACUUCUCAUAAAAGGUCACGCAGUGACCCCUACAAAUACUAUUCCUAUACGUGGAAUUUCUUGAUGGUGGAAAGUGGAAAAAACAUUUUCCAGUUUUAUUUUCUGGAAACAUGACGUAGUUAACGAAUUCAUGGGGCUAUUGAUAUUUCCUAAAAAAUAAGGGGGGGCAGAGUUUCCCGUCAUUCGCGGUAUGGAAAAGCCGAAGUUGUUACACUCGGGAACUUGUACGUCAACAAGCAGGCGACAUGUGACUUUAAAAUCUCCUCUCCUGUUACAGUUUCCUUAUCGUAAAUUGUGCGAUAAUGAUAAUAGACGAUCAAAGUAUAGUCUAAUGAAUUUUUUGUUCUGUACAAGAGCCCUAUGUCCUGAUUUUAGCAAAUCUUCAAAGUAAUAAACGACUGAAGAAAGAAACGCUACGAUUUUCCCAUUGAUCUUCCGUCAACAUGCAUCUCUCUAAACGUGAAAUUUUCCAUUCCUACAAAAAAUCUCGAAAGUUUUUCACAGUUUUCACCUUUCUUGACCAAUCAACUUGCAUAAAGAGCUAAAAAGUGUAGGUUUAUUUUGUCAAGUGACCGCCAAGAGCAAGAAUUGCGUGACAGGUGUAGUUGUGAGAAACUUGUUACAGUCGCAUAUUUUAAAAGGUAUCCAAUACAAAAAUACGAUAGUGCCCAAAGAUUUUUUUGAUGAUUUUCAGAGAUGAAAUGAUGGGUUAUAAAGGGUAAUUAAGAUUAGUGUUGUAGCUUUCUGGCAACGGGAGAUAUUUGACCUCAAAGUUGUAAAAUAUUUAGAUGAAUCGAAAAGUCUAAAACCAAAGUCGUAUAUUUGCCUCUGUUGAUUGACAAGCCGUCAAUCAAACUGACUGAUACUCGCGGCGGCCAUUAACUAAGGAUGUAAAAAUAUGUGUGCAAAUUCUCAAAGUAAUCGAUUAAAUACCAUCGCAGUUAAAACUUUAUACAUUUUACCUAUUUGAAGCGAUUUCCUUGGUGAAAACCAAGAAAAACCGGGGGGUGGUCUAUAUCCACCCGGAAAAAACCAAAACAGAAACCAGUCUGUUUUUUUGAGUUUUGGGGUAGACCCUUUAAACUGACAAAGUUUCAUUGAAAUCGGUGAGAUGGCAUGUAGCGCGACUACCCGGUGCUCUCGUGGACGCGCUCUUAAGUCACUAUCUAGCUGUUUUAAAAAGAAGGAUCAGGACUUACCUAACUUUUAGUGUUUUUGUGGGAGUGUUUGAUCCCAAUUUAUCUGAAACCUAAUAGGGCCUGUUUAUUCUUUUCCGUUUAGUUUUUUUGUAUUGUUUUGUUUUGUCUUUUUUUUUUCUGGUCUGUAAUGAUUUCAAUGGUUUCAAGUUCUUUUCUCAGAAUUGAGCUACAGUAACAGUAUGCUUCUUUGUGUUGUUGCCUACAGGAGCCACUGCUUGUAUUGAAUUGAAGAGAUUUGAAGAAGCAAUCACUUGGUGUGAUAAGGGACUAGCUGUAUCCUUUGAAGGAAUCUUUCAUUUUUAACCGUGGGUAUAAUGGAAAAAAGUUUCCAGCUCAUAUACUUUCAAGGGAGAAAAUACAAAGAAGGGUAUUAAUUAUGAUGGGAACUUGUCAGCUCAUAUACUUUAAGUGUGUGGGAUUAAAAACAUAGGAGAAGUUAUUACCUCAUGACUUAUGAAUGAAAUUACUACUUUUAGCCAAUUUGACUUAGUUCUACUAUCCAUGCCAAUAGCUGGUACAUUAGUUUAAAUAAUCCUUUAAUUUCCCAGACCAAAUUUGUAAUUAUCCUUACUGUCAACCAUACAAUUCUUGUAAUGUUAGUACAGAGAAUUCAGUAUUGCAUCAACUAACUAUUUUUAAAUUGAUAUAUUUUUUUUUACUCUCAACACUUAUCUGAUUGAUAUUGUAUUGCUAUUGUAAGGAGAAAUUCUCUUUUGGUCACUCACGGGAGUUAAAGGGUUAGAAGACUAAUAUUCAUCCAGUUUCUACAUAGUACUUGGGUAGAUGAUCUCUCUAAAACAAGCCAGAACAAAAAGCUCUUUAAUGUUUACAUAUCUUAUGCAGAUUUUCUGCCUUCGACCUUUUGCCUCUACUUAGAGACUCAAAAACUUUUGUGCUUUCCUAUGGACUAAUAAAAAAUUUAAAGAUAUGUAUUUAUUUUAUGUAUUUUUGUUUUUUCCACAUUUUUAACCCUUAACCGUAAAAAAGAUUGACAAAAACAAUAGGAUCUUGUCGUCAUUAAGACUUCAGUCUGUCAGUGAAGUGGGAGAUAAGUCCAUGGAGGAAAAAGAUCCUAUUAGUCAUGACCACGGUAGUGCAAGUUCAGGUGAUGUCAAGAAAGUCAUAGAUCUCUAUAAUCAGGGAAAAGAAGCCAUAAAGUACCUCAACCUAUAUCUUAAAAAAGAUAAAGAAGUAGGAGACAAGCAUGGGGAGGGUGGUGCUUAUGGCAAUCUUGGCAAUGCUUAUCACAGUCUGGGUGAUUUCAAAAAAGCCAUAGAGUACCACAACCUACAUCUUAAAAUAGCUAAAGAAGUAGGAGACAAGCAUGGGGAGGGUGUUGCUUAUGGCAAUCUUGGCAAUGCUUAUCACAGUCUGGGUGAUUUCAAAAAAGCCAUAGAGUACCACAACCUACAUCUUAAAAUCGCUAAAGAAGUAGGAGACAAGCAUGGGGAGGGUAACGCUUAUGGCAAUCUUGGCAAUGCUUAUCUUAGUCUGGGUGAUUUCAAAAAAGCCAUAGAGUACCACAACCUAAUUCUUAAAAUCGCUAGAGAAGUAGGAGACAAGCAUGGGGAGGGUAACGCUUAUGGUAAUCUUGGCAAUGCUUAUCUUAGUCUGGGUGAUUUCAAAAAAGCCAUAGAGUACCACAACCUACAUCUUAAAAUAGCUAUAGAAGUAGGAGACAAGCAUGGGGAGGGUGUUGCUUAUGGCAAUCUUGGCAAUGCUUAUCACCGUCUGGGUGAUUUCAAAAAAGCCAUAGAGUACCACAACCUAGAUCUUACAAUCGCUAACGAAGUAGGAGACAAGCAUGGGGAGGGUGCUGCUUAUGGCAAUCUUGGCAAUGCUUAUCUUAGUCUGGGUGAUUUCAAAAAAGCCAUAGAGUACCACAACCUACAUCUUACAAUCGCUAAAGAAGUAGGAGACAAGCAUGGGGAGGGUAACGCUUAUGGCAAUCUUGGCAAAACUUAUCGCCGUCUGGGUGAUUUCAAAAAAGCCAUAGAGUACCACAACCUACAUCUUAAAAUAGCUAAAGAAGUAGGAGACAAGCAUGGGGAGGGUGCUGCUUAUGGCAAUCUUGGCAAUGCUUAUCGCCGUCUGGGUGAUUUCAAAAAAGCCAUAGAGUACCACAACCUACAUCUUAAAAUCGCUAAAGAAGUAGGAGACAAGCAUGGGGAGGGUAACGCUUAUGGCAGUCUUGGCAAUGCUUAUGACCGUCUAGGUGAUUUCAAAAAAGCCAUAGAGUACCACAACCUAAUUCUUAAAAUCGCUAGAGAAGUAGGAGACAAGCAUGGGGAGGGUAACGCUUAUGGUAAUCUUGGCAAUGCUUAUCUUAGUCUGGGUGAUUUCAAAAAAGCCAUAGAGUACCACAACCUACAUCUUAAAAUAGCUAAAGAAGUAGGAGACAAGCAUGGGGAGGGUGGUGCUUAUGGCAAUCUUGGCAAUGCUUAUCACGGUCUGGGUGAUUUCAGAAAAGCCAUAGAGUACCACAACCUACAUCUUAUAAUAGCUAAAGAAGUAGGAGACAAAUCCUCGGAGGCAAUGGCCUACUGUUCAAUUGGAUUGGUUUUUGAGUUACAAGGUAGACUGUCAAAAGCCGUUGAACAUUACCAAGCUAGCAUAAACUUAUUCAAUUCCUUGAGAGUACUUCUAAUAUCUAAAGAUGAGUGGAAAGUUAAUUUUCGAAAUCAGCAUCAAGUGGCGUAUACGGGUUUGUGGAGAGUUCUCGUAGAACAAGGUAAUGUAGAUGAAGCCUUAUUUGUUGCUGAGAAAGGACGAGCUCAAGCUCUGACCGACCUCAUGGAAUCCAGUUUUUGUGGUGGAACAAGUCCCCACAAGGGAGAAGAUGAAGAUUGCGCAGUUUUAAAAAACGUUCCAUCAAACACUGUCUUUCAGGCAGUGGACCAAGCUAACGUCAAUCUUUGGGUUGUGUCCGAAGGAAAACAAGUUCAGUUAAGACAAAGUAAACUCAAAGGUUUUGUUUCAGAGAAUAGUGGAUCUAGCCUGUCCUUUGAGUCGUUCAUGCUCGGUGUCUAUACACAACUUGGUGUUCGUUCUAAUGUGAGAUGCGAGAACCGAUCUUUAGAUGCUUUGAGGGAGGGCCGUUCAAAAGUGGAUGAGAAAACCAAAGAAGCCAAGCCUCAACCUCACAUCCAACAAGACGGAUGCUUGAGCACUUUGUAUGAUAUCGUUAUGAAGCCGGUGGCGGACUUGAUCGAAGGGGAUGAGCUACUCAUUAUUCCUGAUGGACCCCUGUGGAUCGCUCCUUACGCUGCAUUGAAGGAUGGUAAUUCUAAAUACCUGUGUGAAUCGUUCACAAUUCGAGUCGCUCCAUCGUUAGCAAGUCUUAGACUUAUUGCCGAUUGCCCAGAUGAUUAUCACAAAAGCAGUGAUGCGUUACUUGUAGGAGAUCCGUGGGUAUCCGAGGUUACUAACAGCGAGGGAAAGAAAGUCUUCGAGCAGCUUCAGUAUGCUAAAAAAGAAGUAGAAAUGAUCGGAAAAAUUCUGAAUAUCAAGCCAAUCACUGGCAGUCAGGCCACGAAACGUGAGGUGUUGAAAAGACUCAGUUCCGUUUCCCUAGUUCACUUUGCGGCACACGGAUGUAUGGAAACUGGCGAAAUUGCUCUUACACCUGACCCACACCGAAUAUCUACUGUGCCAACGGAGGAGGAUUACAUUUUAACAAUUGGAGAUGUGUUGAAUGCUCAACUUCGGGCCAAACUUGUUGUGCUUAGUUGCUGCCACAGCGGCCGGGGCGAGAUCAAGGCUGAAGGUGUGGUUGGCAUUGCGCGCGCUUUUAUGGGGGCUGGUGCUCGGUCUAUUGUGGCGUCCCUGUGGGCGAUUGAUGACGAGGCUACUCUUGAGUUCAUGAAACACUUUUAUCAACAACUUGCCGAAGGUAAGCCAGCAAGCGAGUCACUGAACCUGGCCAUGAAAAGCCUCAGAGAAUCAGACAAGUUCUGCGACAUCAAACACUGGGCGCCCUUUUUGCUGAUUGGAGAUGACGUCACUCUUGACGAGAGAAAAUUUGAAUAUGAAAUCACAUGA